AUGGCUCCCUCAGCGACACGGACCGAUUGGGACCACGAAUAUCAUACUCUGAGAAGGGAGAAUCUCUUCAGAAACCCUCCCAAGGAUCAUACCGCAUAUCCUGCCCUCCAAUUGGCAGUUAACCCUCACAUCGAGUCCUUCAAUGUCCUAUUUCGUGACGAUGGAAAGCCCAGCCUCCUCGACCACGCUAUGGCCGAUAUUGGCACCAAAACUUACUUGGACGGCGACGAGAGAACGGGCCCAGAGGGCAAGAACAAGCUCAAUGUCCGCAUCACAAAGGUGAUGCUGAGCCGAUCUCAGGUUCCGCCCUCUAACAAGAUGGCCAAGAAUCGUGAAGUUUUCCCCGCCGAAUGCAGAGAACGGCAUGUCACAUACCGAGGGCGUCUCUCGGCCACUUUUGAAUACAACAUUAACGGCGGUGACUCUCAUGAAUUUGUUCGAGAUCUGGGUCAGAUUCCGAUUAUGCUCAAGCGCAAAGAAGAGGCUGAGGAGCUCGGAGGGUACUUCGUCGUCAACGGUAUCGAAAAGAUCAUUCGUAUGCUCCAACUCAACAAGCGAAAUUUCCCCAUGGCCAUCAACCGACCCAGUUUCCAAAACCGCGGCCCUGGCUAUUCCCCGUUCGGUAUUAUCCUACGCUCUGUCCGACCCGAUGAGACCUCGCAAACCAAUGUCUUGCACUACCUUACCGACGGUAAUGUGACGUUUCGUUUCUCAUGGCGAAAGAAUGAAUACCUGGUGCCGGUCGUCAUGAUUAUGAAGGCUCUCGUCGAGACCAACGAUCGCGAGAUUUUCGAGGGCGUCAUUGGUCCCAUGGGCAGCAAGGCGACCGAGAACACUUUCCUUACUGAUCGUGUCGAGCUACUCUUGCGCACAUACAAGUCCUAUGGUCUAUACAGCAAGUCUCAGACGAGAGCGUAUCUUGGCCAAAAGUUCCGAGUCGUUCUCGGUGUCCCAGAGACCAUGUCUGAUUACGAUGUCGGUACCGAGUUCCUGCGCAGAAUUACCCUGGUGCACCUGGGCAAUGUCAAUGUCAAGGAUAAACAGGAUAUCGAAAAAUUCAAAAUGCUUCUCUUCAUGAUCCGCAAGCUCUACGCCCUCGUCGCCGGCGAAUGUGCUGUCGAUAACCCCGAUGCGAUCCAGAACCAGGAAAUUCUUCUAGGCGGUUUCUUGUACGGCCAGAUCCUCAAGGAGAAAUUCGAUGAGUUCCUCGGAGUCAAUGUUCGCUUGUCCCUGCGAGAGUACUUCCGACGACACCCCAGCGUUGCCUUCACUUCCGAAGAAUUCCGCAAAGAAUUUCCCGCAGCCAUCUUCCGCAAGGCCAACGAAAAUCUGGGCAACUCGCUCGAGUACUUCCUCUCUACCGGUAAUCUAGUCAGUCCCUCUGGUUUGGAUCUUCAGCAAGUGGCCGGUUUCACCGUCGUGGCCGAAAAGCUCAACUUCCUACGUUUCAUUGCUCAUUUCCGCAUGGUACAUCGUGGUGCCUUCUUUGCCCAGCUCAAGACCACUGCAGUCCGAAAGCUGCUUCCCGAAUCAUGGGGCUUCAUGUGCCCCGUACACACCCCUGAUGGUGCGCCUUGCGGUCUUCUCAACCAUUUGGCACACAAGUGCAAAAUCAUGACUGAUCACAUCGACGUUUCCAAGGUGCCUGCUCUCGUCGUCACACUUGGUGCUGUUGACACAUCCACCGCCUCUACGGCCGAGAGCGUCGUCAUUAUGCUUGACGGCCAGAUCCUUGGUUGGUGCAAGCCCAAGGAGUCCCUGCGCAUAGCAGACUGCCUCCGCUACUGGAAAGUCGAGGGUAAUCAUGGUGUACCUCUUCACCUCGAAAUCGGUUACGUUCCCCCAUCUACAGGUGGCUCGUACCCUGGUAUCUACAUGACGUCGACACCCUCGCGCAUGAUUCGUCCCGUCAAGUACUUGCCUCUGCAAAAGGAGGACAUGGUCGGUCCCUACGAGCAGCCGUACAUGUCUAUUGCCGUCGUACCUGAAGAAAUUGAGUCUGGUCUAUCCACCCACGUUGAGUUUGAUCCCACAAACAUUCUCUCCAUCCUGGCAAACAUGACUCCAUUUUCGGAUUUCAACCAGUCGCCACGUAACAUGUAUCAGUGUCAGAUGGGUAAGCAAACCAUGGGUACCCCUGGUACGGCUCUGGUACAUCGUACAGACAACAAGUCGUACCGUCUGCAGACCGGUCAGACGCCUAUUGUCCGUGCUCCUCUGCACAAUGCUUACGGCUUCGACAAUUUUCCCAACGGAACCAACGUUGUCGUUGCGGUCAUUUCAUAUACCGGUUACGACAUGGACGACGCCAUGAUAAUCAACAAGUCGGCUCACGAGAGAGGAUUCGGUCAUGGUACUGUCUACAAGACAAAGAAGAUCUCGCUCAAGGAUGACUCGAGAACAAAAGCAAGCAAAAGUGUCAUCAAAGCCUUUGGUUUCGCCCCGCACAGCUUCGUCAGCGCGUCGUACCAGGGCAUGCUGGAUGAUGAUGGUUUGCCGCAUGUCGGCCGUCUGGUUCAGGAUGGCGAUGUCAUCUGUGCUUGGCACACGGUCACGCCCGACUACCGGGGUGACCUCGUCAAUCUGGAUGGCAUUACGCAUUACGAAAAGUACAAGGAUGGUGAGACUGGCUUUAUCGAGGAAGUUCGGCUGAUUGGUGCCGAAACCGGCUCCGAGCCUCUCCAGACCAUUUCGAUCAAGUUCCGCAUUCCUCGCGCGCCAAUUAUUGGUGACAAGUUUUCUUCUCGCCACGGUCAAAAGGGUGUUUGCUCGCAAAAGUGGCCAGCCAUUGACAUGCCCUUUUCCGAAUCCGGUAUGCAACCCGAUGUCAUCAUUAAUCCCCACGCUUUCCCGUCUCGAAUGACGAUUGGCAUGUUUGUCGAGUCGUUGGCUGGCAAGGCCGGUGCCCUACACGGUCUCGCGCAAGACUCGACGCCCUUCAAAUUCAACGAGGAGCACACGGCGGGUGACUACUUUGGCCACCAGCUGAUGAAGGCGGGCUACAACUAUCACGGUAAUGAGCCAAUGUACUCGGGUAUUACGGGCGAGGAGCUGGCUGCGGAUAUUUACAUUGGUGUCGUCUAUUACCAGCGUCUGCGUCACAUGGUCAACGACAAGUUCCAGGUGCGUACGACGGGUCCCAUUGUGCCGACAACCGGCCAGCCCAUCAAGGGUCGUAAGCGUGGUGGCGGUAUCCGUGUCGGUGAAAUGGAACGCGACGCGCUGCUGGCGCACGGUACGGCGUUUUUGCUGCAAGAUCGUCUGCUCAACUGCUCCGACUUUACAAAGUCGUGGAUCUGCCGUCGGUGCGGCUCCUUCUUGUCGGUGCAGCCAACAGUAUCGCAGUUUGCACCGUCGCGGAAAAAGGCACCGAGCGUCGUGCGCUGCCGCCACUGCGCCGUCAGACUCGACGACGAGGAUGGCAUCGACCUGACGGAGAUUCAGGGCGAGAUUUGGGAGGACGGGCAGGGUCACUCGUGGGUCGGCGGCGACCAGACCACGCAAGUCAUCGUGCCGGGUGCGCUCAAGUAUCUGGACGUGGAGCUGGCGGCAAUGGGUGUCAAGCUCAAGUACAAAAUCAGCCAUGACGACGAGCCGCGCAGAGGAGCACUGCAGCCGCUGCCACUGACGGCUAUCAAGGCGUAA